AUGCAGAGGAGAUGGAUACGGUCUACGAGGCACGAUGGUUAAUAACAUAGACAGUGGUGUCGCUUUUUACUAAAAACGUGAUCCGCUGUUAUUUCCACUGGAUUUAGGAAGGAAGAAAGGAAGGAAGGAAGACGAAAUCCGUUUUUGGAAAAACAUCCUUUUCAAACCUCGUUCAUUCGGUUCCAACAUGAGCAAACUGAUCGACGCGGUGCAUCGGGAAACAAAUGUCAGCCUCUUUUGGUUAGUGCGUCUGGACUAAGGUGAAGCAUGGGCAAAAUAACAGGAUAUGUCAUCAGAGUCUAGUGGCUGGCAGGAUUUGGACAGGAGGCUGAAGAUGAGGAAAACAUGAGUGUUUGCACACAAAUUAAGUGGGUGGCUGUCUUUACCCACCACUGAUAAUCCACAGAAGUCCUGCUUGCCCUGGAAUUCUCUACAGGGAGUGGACAGUAAAGUCUACAGAAGGUUGUCCCAUUUCUACUUUGUGCAGUGUCUGGAGAUGACUACCAAGAGGAAGAUCAUCGGCCGCCUGGUGCCCUGUCGAUGCUUCCGGGGGGAGGAGGAGGUCAUCUCAGUGCUGGAUUACUCCCACUGUAGCCUGCAGCAGGUUCCUAAGGAGAUCUUCAGCUUCGAGCGCACACUAGAAGAGCUCUACCUGGAUGCCAACCAGAUUGAGGAACUGCCUAAGCAACUCUUCAACUGUCAAGCACUCAAGAAGCUGAGUAUGCCUGACAAUGACCUCUCCAACCUGCCAACCACCAUCGCCAGCCUUGUGAACCUGAAAGAGUUAGAUAUUAGUAAAAAUGGUAUUCAAGAGUUUCCAGACAGCAUCAAAUGCUGUAAAUGUCUAUCAGUUGUGGAGGCCAGUGUAAAUCCUAUAGCCAAACUCCCAGAAGGCUUCACCCAGCUUCUCAACUUGACCCAGCUCUUCUUAAAUGAUGCCUUCCUUGAAUACCUACCUGCCAAUUUUGGGAGAUUGUCCAAAUUACGGAUCCUGGAGCUUCGUGAAAAUCACCUAAAAACUAUGCCAAAGUCAAUUCACAGGCUGUCACAACUGGAACGGUUAGACUUGGGAAGCAAUGAAUUUUCAGAACUGCCAGAAGUGCUGGAGCAGAUUCAUAGUUUAAAAGAGCUGUGGCUGGACAACAAUUCAUUACAAAUCAUACCGGGGUCUAUUGGUAAAUUGAGGCAGUUGCGAUAUCUGGACUUAGCCAAGAACAGGAUAGAGAGUCUGGAUGCAGAUAUCUCUGGCUGUGAAUCUUUAGAGGACCUGCUCCUCUCCUCCAACAUGCUACAACAGUUGCCUGAUUCAAUAGGGAAGUUGAAAAAGUUGACAACGCUGAAAGUUGAUGACAACCAGCUCACCUCAAUGCCUAACACCAUUGGAAGUGCACGUGGCAAAAGCGGUUUAUCACUUUUAGAGGAGUUUGACUGUAGCUGUAAUGAAUUGGAAUUGCUGCCUCCCACCAUUGGCUACCUGCACUGUCUUCGGACAUUUGCUGCCGAUGAGAACUUCUUGGCUGAGCUGCCCAGGGAGAUUGGAAACUGCAGGAAUGUCACGGUCAUGUCCUUGCGCUCCAAUAAACUGGAGUUUCUGCCUGAUGAAAUUGGACAGAUGACAAAGCUACGUGUUCUCAAUCUGAGCGACAAUAGGUUAAAAAAUCUUCCCUUCACUUUCACUAAAUUGAAAGAUCUUGCUGCACUCUGGUUAUCUGACAAUCAGUCCAAGGCCCUUAUCCCCCUCCAAACUGAGGCUCAUCCUGAGACCAAACAGAGAGUUCUUACCAACUACAUGUUUCCUCAGCAGCCCCGACAUGAUGAGGAUUACCAGUCUGACAGUGACAGCUUUAAUCCCACCCUCUGGGAGGAACAGAGACAGCAGAGGAUGACUGUGGCAUUUGAGUUUGAGGAUAAGAAGGAGGAGGAAGACAACUCAGGAAAAGUGAAGGUUGAGAUUAAUCUCAAGCGGUAUCCCACCCCUUACCCAGAGGACCUGAAGAACAUGGUGAAGUCAGUGCAGAACCUGGUGGGUAAAACCACUCACCCCCUCAACACUGAAAAAUGUUCCUCUGGGACCAAUAUGGAGCUUCACAGCCAAGACAAGUAUGAACCCAAGUGGCCCAUGGCUCCAAAGGAGGUGACAGAGCGAGAGGUCAAAGACUUCUCUAAACCACCAAUGUCUGAACAAGGUGCCAUCCUCAACUCAGCCAUUGACAUCCCAAAACGCAAAGACAAAGAGGAUCUGACUGAGAGCUCAGAAAUUUCUUUACAUCGCAUCGUUCCCAAGCCGCAACAGCCAGAGAAUACAAGCCUGGCCGUAACUUCCUCUUCCUGUUUCUGCCUCAUAGACUCCAUGGGAGGCUCCCCCAAUGAUAUCCGCAUUUCUGACAUGAGGCCAACUUUGGUAGAGCCCCCUAUGUACAAGCCAAAGGUUGUACUGCUGGGCAAGGAAAAGAAAGAGUCCACAGAUGAAUCUGAGCCAGAGAAAAUUCAUUGUUUGAACAACAGUGGAUCGUCUGCCACUUAUUCCGACUACUCACCUUCCCAGGGAUCAUCUGGUUCCUCAAACCCACCAGGAAAUGUUGGUAAUCUGCAAACCUCUGGGAAAGAGGGCCCAUCACAGACUCACUGGACCAACAGGCUAGCUCAGUCUUUCCCAAAGCCCAUUGAAACCAAGCCCCUUCUGAGCCAGAGGGCAACACCACCUUCAAGCAUGCUGCAGCAGCGAGGUGAGAGGCGACCACUCAGUGACACUUUUGACAGCUGGAACGAUGCCCCCCACUACGAUAACACAGGUUUUGUCGCAGAGGAGAUGCCUCUUGAUACCCCAAGCAGCAGUGCUGGCAACCCCAUGCUAGGCUCCAAGCCCAGGAGUGCCUCAACAGCACAAGGACGAAGGCCUCUCAUGAGACAAGAGCGCAUCGUGGGAGUUCCCUUAGAGCUCGACCAAUCACAACACACUUUCCACACAGUUCGUAACACCCCUGAAACUGAAGUGCCUCCUCCCUCUAACCCCUGGCAGAACUGGACGAGGACUCCCAGUCCCUUCGAAGACAGGACAGCUUUCCCUUCCAAGCUGGAAAUUACUCCAGGUAACAGCCCCAACCCUGACCGCAAGGACUUCGAACAGGAGAUACUACCCGGCACUUUCCCAUCAACAAGAGCCUGGGGGUUUCUUGACUCCACAGACACAGGGAUGGGACGAGGUCAUCCCAACCUUUUUUCACAUGUUCAGGGUGGAAAAGAACCAAACAAAGGAAGCACUUUGGUUGUUAGCAAGAGUUCUGAGAGACUUUCGCCAAUGAUGAAGGAGGUCAAAGCAAAAUUUAAGAAAUCACAGAGUAUAGAUGAAAUUGAUACUGGGUCCUAUAAGGUUUACAGCAUCCCCUUGGACAGCUACAGUUCUAGCAUAGAAAAUCAGGGAAGUGUUGAUAGAGCAGACCUCCCUUUCCCUUUCGAACAGAGCAUGUCCCGAAGCCAAUCAGCUCCCAUGCUGGACGAUGAUCUGGAUGGCUACGGUUCUAAUAAAAGCUCUCAGCAGCAGAAGCCUGCCAUCCCAAAGAAAGUUUACCAUUUUGACCAAAGCUUCAACCCGCAAGGAGCCAUGAAUCAUAUGAAAGGAGAGAGGAGAGUUCCUCCGCCAUUCCCCAACACACCUGAAUAUGUCAACCAACCAGGCAAGAUGUUGCCAAAGGAGCUUGUAAGCCCAAGGGGCUACCGGGGCUAUUCACCAAUGGAACAGAUGUUUUCAUUUUCUCAAUCAACUGUCACUGAUGAUGCUGUUAAUUCCCAGCUCUCUGGCCAGCCCCAGUGCUCCAGACCAGGAUUCCUGCGGCGAGCUGAUUCUCUGGUAAGUUCAACAGAGAUGGCAUUAUUCCGCAGAGUAGCUGAGAACCAGGAGCUCCAGCUAGCUGAGCACUAUAACAGGCCGCAACAGAUCAAGAGCAUGCUCGAACAACAGAAUAGCCUGUCUACCAUUUCUGACACACAGUUCCACAAAAGAAAUGGUAGGUAUGAAGAAGAUUAUUCAUCUUAUCAAGAGCCCAAAAAGCCCAUCAUGGGUUACCCCACCAAGAGUCUGACGCAACGCCGCCCCCUGUCUGCAAGGAGCUACAGCACAGAGACAUAUGGAGCAUCUCAGGCAAGGCCAGUGUCUGCCCGACCCACCAUGGCUGCACUGCUGGAAAAAAUGCCUUCAGAUUACAAUCAUAUUACAUGCACUGAGAAGAGCCCUGAAGCUGAUAUGAAGUUGAGACCUGUUCAUCAAAAACAAGAGGACAUAAGCUCCAAAAUGCCAGUAGAUUGGAGACAGCAACUACUAAGACACAUAGAAGCAAAGAGGCUAGACCGGAGUGCUGUCCUUAAGCACAACACAGUAAACUUCAGCAUGCUGUGCUCUGGAGGCUAUGCUGCACCGCAUGCCAGCAGAAGCAUGACAAUAAACAUUUACAAUAACACAAAGCAUGAAAACCAAACAACUCAGUGGCUACCUCUACCAAAUACACCUUCACAACAGAGCAAUAUUUUAGAUAAUGGACAAGAGGUGGUUUCCCCAACUAGCCAGUGGGCCCCAUAUUCACUGGGUCGAAGAGAUGUGCCACCAGAGAACAUGAACAUCAUGAAAAAGCCUGGGGUUCACAAUUCCCAUCAACAACAGACUAUGGUGAUGGCCUCAGCCAACACAGCCCACCGGACUGCCCGUGACCAGCAGUAUGAGGGGGCCAUCAACAAGGUAUCUAUUCAGCAGUACCAGUCACCUCUGCCUAUGCCCAUUACCACCACCAGCGCUCGGCCACAGAGUGCCCGCUGCUUCAUCCAGACUAAAGGCCAGAAGAGUAUGGAUGGCUUUCCAGAGCAGCUCUGUGUAAGAAUUGAGAAGAACCCUGGCCUUGGUUUCAGCAUCUCAGGGGGAAUCAGUGGACAGGGGAACCCUUUCAAGCCAUCGGAUAUGGGUAUCUUUGUUACUAGGGUACAGCCUGAUGGACCUGCCUCCAAUGUUCUUCGACCAGGGGACAAAAUUCUGAAGGUAACACUGUUCUCCAUCAUGCUGUCCCACGAGUUGCGACAAUGCAUCCUCCGCCACAUUGCCAGUGGAGGGCUUUGCAUGUGGCAUUUAGUAUCCAGUGUGUGUGUUUGUGUCCCAUAAUGUGAGCAUGGACUUUUUAUGUUUGCCCAACUUUGACAUGCAUAAUUGCCCUCUCUGAUUUCAAAGUACAGAUUGUUGUACCAUUUAAGCUGCCACAUGUCUUUUUGAAGUGGUCUUAUAACUAUCUGUCAAAGUAAUGAAAUUUGUGCAAUGAUAUGUAAGGAUUUAACAUUGAAUUAUGAAUUAUAUUACUGAUAUACUAUAGAAUGAACUAUAUAACUCUAUCUAAACUUGCCAUAAUUUUAACUUUGUGAGGUGGAUUGAAUCUGGUCUUUCUCACCUCCCAAAUGGUUGACCAGCUCAUAUAGUUUGUCUUAGGAUAGUAAGUACAUUUACAUAAAGAAAUAGAAGAAUUCCCUGUUGGCACAUAUGGUGGUGCCUAGCGCUAUCAUUGGCCAACUUGUUAUUAAGACAGUGACUAUGUCUCUUGAGCCAAUGCAAAAUGCCUUGCAUUGCCGCCUAACUAUAUAGGAGCUAUUCAAGCUCUGUGAGACUAAAUAACUCUAUGGGAAGUGGAAGCCCCCAAUAGUUAUUGAGCUGUCUUUGGUUUUAUAUGUUGCUCUCAGUGGAUACCACUUGAAUCAUCUCUGCAGAAAGCAUGCCCUUCUCUUUUCACAGAUCCAGAGUUAACUGAGGAACAGUCUCUCUAAAGACCAGCUUCUUUUCACAUUCUCUCUUUUACAGCAUGACCUCCUUCUCCUCUACCCAUGUGCAUCUCUCUUUUCUCUCCCUCACGUACUGUAUAUCUCUUUAUCCUCGUUGAGCUAGGCCUGUUCCCAGCCCUCCUGUGCUGCCGUGCCUGCUCCCUGCCUCUUCCUUCCUUCUCCCAGGUCACUUUGUUUACCAUGUGCUUCAUUCUUGCAUUGCAGGCCAAUGGACAUAGUUUCUUACACAUGGAGCAUGAAACUGCUGUGUCUCUUCUGAAGAAUUUCCCGAAAACUGUGGACUUGGUAAUCUUAAGGGAGAGCACAAUAUAAAUAUUUUUAUAGCUUAAAGACUUCUCACCCAGAUGGAAUACAGGAACUUGUACAUCAUCUAUUUAUCUAGGAAAAAUUUUGCCAAUUGCUGGACCAAUGGCAAAUUCCAGUGCCAAAUGUAUAAAGGACAUAUCAUGUAAUGGUACAUAUGGCUUAUACAUUAUACACAAACAUACAUUUGUUAAAAGCCUUCGUUGAUGUUGUUGAUAUUCUUCUUUAUCUCAGCCUGUGGCUGUAAGUGGGUGCAUUUUUUCCCCUGCUUAUUUAUAUGGCGCAUUAUUUUGUACCUACUUUUUCCAAGCAGCUUUUAGUUUAAUCUUGGAGCAUGAAAGUACAUCUGCUUUUAAAGAUAUUUACCCACCAUAACACUGCCUCAACUUUGUAAAUGCCUUGUGUAAAUAUAUAUACAUUUACAACUACAAUGUGAUAGGAGCAUACAAUGUGAAAGAAAGAGACAUUGAUGAUUUUUCUAAUGUUCUCCGAGUUUUUAUAACAUUUAGA